GCCUUGCUUUAGAACAACAUAAUGAUUUUUUUGAAGAUAGUUCAAAUAUUGUAAAUGAAUCUGAAUCACUUUAUAAUGAAUCUGAAUCAUAUUAUAAUGAAUCUGAAUCACUUUAUAAUGAAUCUGAAUUACUUAAUAAUGAAUCUGAAUUACUUAAUAAAGAAUCUGAAUUAUUUCAUAAUGAACUUGAAUUAUUUCAUAAUGAAUUAGAAUCACUUCAUAAUGAACCUGAAUCAAUUCAAACUGAUUUGGAAUCAAAUUCAGAAUUAGAAGAAAUACUUGAAAAUGAUAAUAAUUUUAUUGAAUAUUUUUCAGACUACUCAGAAUAUAAUAAUGAUAUUAUAAAAAUUAAUCAAAUAUAUUCUGAAUCUGAUAAAAAUAAACAGAUAAACUUACGAG